GUGGGGGCGGGGAGGAGAGGCGGCGGCGUAGGAGCUACGCCACACGCGGCCGGGGCGCUGGGAGUCCGAAAGCAGAGUGGGGUCGUGGCGGCGGUGGUGAGAAGAGGGAGGCGGAGGAGGGGGUGCCAUGGCGGGGCAGCAGUUCCAGUACGAUGACAGCGGGAACACCUUCUUCUACUUCCUCACCUCCUUCGUGGGGCUCAUCGUGAUCCCGGCCACAUACUACCUCUGGCCCCGAGAUCAGAAUGCCGAGCAAAAUCGAUUAAAGAAUAUCAGAAAAGUAUAUGGAAGAUGUAUGUGGUAUCGUUUACGGUUAUUAAAACCUCAGCCAAAUAUUAUUCCUACAGUAAAGAAAAUAGUUCUGCUUGCAGGAUGGGCAUUGUUAUUAUUCCUUACAUACAAAGUUUCCAAAACAGACCGAGAAUAUCAAGAAUACAAUCCUUAUGAAGUAUUAAAUUUGGAUCCCGGGGCAACAGUAGCAGAAAUUAAGAAACAGUAUCGUUUGCUGUCACUUAAGUAUCAUCCAGAUAAAGGAGGUGAUGAAGUUAUGUUCAUGAGGAUAGCAAAAGCUUAUGCAGCUUUAACUGAUGAAGAGUCCCGGAAAAAUUGGGAAGAGUUUGGAAAUCCAGAUGGGCCUCAAGCCACGAGCUUUGGAAUUGCCCUGCCAGCUUGGAUAGUUGACCAGAAAAAUUCAAUUUUGGUUUUACUUGUAUAUGGAUUGGCAUUCAUGGUUAUCCUUCCAGUUGUUGUGGGCUCUUGGUGGUAUCGCUCAAUACGCUAUAGUGGAGACCAGAUUCUAAUACGCACAACACAGAUUUAUACAUACUUUGUUUAUAAAACCCGAAAUAUGGAUAUGAAACGGCUUAUCAUGGUCUUGGCUGGAGCCUCUGAAUUUGAUCCUCAGUAUAACAAGGAUGCCACAAGCAGACCAACAGAUAAUAUUCUAAUACCUCAGCUAAUCAGAGAAAUUGGCAGCAUUAAUUUAAAGAAGAAUGAGCCGCCACUUACCUGCCCAUAUAGCCUGAAGGCCAGAGUUCUUUUACUGUCUCAUCUUGCUAGAAUGAAAAUUCCUGAGACCCUUGAAGAAGAUCAGCAAUUUAUGCUGAAAAAAUGCCCUGCCCUACUUCAAGAGAUGGUUAAUGUAAUCUGCCAACUAAUAAUAAUGGCCCGGAGCCGUGAAGAAAGGGAGUUUCGUGCUCCAACUUUGGCAUCCCUGGAAAACUGCAUGAAGCUUUCCCAGAUGGCUGUGCAAGGCCUUCAGCAGUUUAAGUCUCCCCUUCUGCAGCUCCCUCACAUUGAAGAAGACAAUCUUAGAAGGGUUUCUAAUCAUAAAAAGUACAAAAUUAAGACUAUCCAGGAUUUGGUGAGUUUAAAAGAAUCAGAUCGUCACAAUCUAUUGCACUUCCUUGAAGAUGAAAAGUAUGAAGAGGUUAUGGCUGUCCUUGGGAGUUUCCCAUUUGUGACCAUGGACAUAAAAUCACAGGUAUUGGAUGAUGAAGAUAGCAACAACAUCACAGUAGGAUCCUUAGUUACAGUGUUGGUUAAAUUGACAAGGCAAACAAUGGCAGAAGUAUUUGAAAAGGAGCAGUCCAUCUGUGCUGCAGAGGAACAGCCAGCAGAAGAUGGGCAGGGUGAUACUAACAAGAACAGAACAAAAGGAGGAUGGCAACAGAAGAGUAAAGGACCCAAGAAAACUGCUAAAUCAAAAAAAAAGAAACCUUUAAAAAAAAAACCUACACCUGUGCCCUUAUCACAACCAAAGCAACAGAAACAAAAGCAGGCUAAUGGAGUCGUUGGGAGCGAAGCUGCAGUAAAGGAAGAUGAAGAAGAAGUUUCUGACAAAGGCAGUGACUCUGAGGAAGAAGAAACCAAUAGAGACUCUCAAAGUGAAAAAGAUGAUGGUAGUGACAGAGACUCUGAUAGAGAGCAAGAUGAAAAACAAAACAAGGAUGAUGAAGCAGAGUGGCAAGAAUUACAACAAAGUAUACAGCGAAAGGAGCGAGCUCUACUGGAAACCAAAUCAAAGAUAACACACCCUGUUUAUAGUCUUUACUUUCCUGAGGAAAAACAAGAAUGGUGGUGGCUUUAUAUCGCAGAUAGGAAGGAACAGACGUUAAUAUCUAUGCCAUACCAUGUGUGCACACUAAAAGAUAUGGAAGAGGUAGAACUGAAGUUUCCUGCACCAGGAAAGCCUGGAAAUUAUCAAUAUACAGUGUUUCUAAGAUCAGACUCCUAUAUGGGUUUGGAUCAGAUUAAACCAUUGAAGUUGGAAGUUCAUGAGGCUAAGCCUGUGCCAGAAAAUCACCCACAGUGGGAUACAGCAGUAGAGGGGGAUGAAGACCAGGAGGACAGCGAGGGCUUUGAAGAUAGCUUUGAGGAAGAGGAAGAAGAGGAGGAAGAUGAUGACUAAGCAGUACUAUGAAUGGACCACAACAUUUGCACAUAUUUGCAAAUUUUUGCUGUUUUGGAAGUGUGUAAUAAACCAGAAACAGUGCAGAACUGAUGUUGAGGGAGGUGUUAGUUCUUUACUAGAAAUGGGUGCAUAAUAUAACUAGGCAGUGGUGGUGCCUUGGUACAGUCUGAAAAAUGCUUAAGGCUUCUGAAAGCCUUUCAAGUAUGGGCUGGUGCAUUUAUUUCAUCUGAAAAUGAUAAUAAACCCUUUGUUAUAACUGUCCAGAAGUGUGGGCUAUGUAUUAUCUGAUCAUUUGUGGUCCCAGUGAAAGUAAAGGUACAUGAAAAACAAUCUAUAAAUGAGCGACUUUUCUUUGUUUAGCUUUAGUUUUAACAAACGUUAAAGUAUGAUAAACACCACAAAUGUUUUAAGUAACAUCUGCUCAAGUUUUAAUCUCUUGGUAAGCUCUGUUAUUCAUUUAUUGACAUUUUGCAGUGAUACAAGAGUAUUUAUAACAGCUCCAUUCAUAGCUUUAAACAUUUUGUUUUUGCCUAUCUUGGUCGUAAAUUGGCAUUCUGUCACAUUCCACAUAAUAUAGAGGGCUACGUUUUGGGAUUUUCCUUUUCUUAAUUGCCCAGAGUUAUCAGAUUAUAAAAAUGGCUUUUAAUGGCUUAAAACAUUUUUAAGCCUCUAUUUUAGCAGAUCAAUACAGGAUCUAAUCCUUUUUAUAAGCUAUAGAUCUAAAAAUGAUUGUGGGACCAUAUGUUCUCUGAUAUUGGUGACUUAUGUUAUUAAACCUUUUUUAAAAGGUUCAUUAUAAAAGCUGAAAUACAUUCUUAGCUUUUAAUCUACCUGACUCUAUCAGAAGCCUUUUAAGGAAAAAUAUAACAUGCAAACGAGGCAUUUUUUUGUAUUCAUUUUGGACUCCUGUCAAUAAAAUAGAAGUUUGACUCACUUUACGUUUGUAAUGGUGUGUCUUUUUACUCCCAGAAAGGGAUAUGAUAGGAUAACUCAUUCUUUUAUUUUUCAACUAAAAAUUUAAUAAUAAUGUACAUGACUGCUGAAGUGAUUGCUAUUUCUGUAUACUAUAGAAAAACCCAUGAUUGGGAGGAAUUUCCCCCUCACACUCCCACACUGUACAACCUGGAAGGGUAGUGCAUAUAAAGAGCAGAAAUGUGUACAUGAUGAGUUAUUGAGGUAUUAGUAUUACUAGAUACGGAGGAAGCGUAAGUCUCUAUUAUAGGACUGAUUGUAAUAAUCCUCUCCUAUCUAAAUCUCCACAGACCAAAGUACUCUUGGAAUACUAAUUUGUGACCUUGUUUACUUAGAAGGUUGCCACUUUCCAUGCAGAAUUACCACUGGUGUUUUGUAACUGCAGUAGUUGGAAAUAAAAUUUGAAACUUAACCAAAAACAUGAAUGGGGGUUUUUUUGGUUCUAAAUUUAGGUUGGUUCUAAAUCCUAUAAUAUGGUCAAAGCAGUUUUUUCACUGGAACCUCCAUCACCUAUUUUUCUUUUAAAGGUGUUAGUGAGACCCUUCCUUGGGAAGCAGAAGCGCCACUGAGGAUUUGUUUCAUUUUGUAAGUAGAGGAUGGGUUUAAUUUUCGAGUCAGGUUUUGCUGGGAAGCUGCUGGUCACCUAAUUGAGGUGGAAGGGAGUGAGCCAGCCUGUAGCAUCCAGUGAAAGGAGAGGUUAGAGAAAACGCAGGUGGCAUGAAGGCAAGGAAAGUGAGCAAAUGAAACAACGUGUAGUAUGCGCACUCCUGGCUUUCUUGAAAGAUACUUUUCAAGAAAAGUAUUUCUAUUCUAGUGGCGAUUUUGUCUUAAAGAGGCUUUGUAAGUUAUUCAAACAACUGGCUUCUUUCUGAUUUUAAGGCUAGAGGAUGAUUUUACAACCCAGUAACUCACCACAGUGCUUAAAAAAACAGCAUCACCUCGUUAGGAAAUCCUACUAGCCUGUUU